GGCAAAGAGUGAGCGGCGCGAGUCCCUUAUAUAUAAACACUGCCGAGAGGCGACCUGGAACGCUCGCAUUUCGCUGAGCAGUAUUCGCGGUGGUGUCGAAAUCGUGACCUAAAACCCUACAUAUCUCCUCUACGUUCAAGUUUUCUGUGCGAGCGGUAUACUGAGCUUGAACCGAUGUCGGACGAGGAAAGGGAGGAGAAGGAGUUGGAUCUCUCCUCUCCUGAAGUUGUCACCAAAUACAAGAACGCCGCCGAGAUCGUGAACAGGGCGUUGCAGUUAGUAAUAUCAGAAUGCAAGCCUAAGGCCAAGAUUGUUGAUAUUUGUGAGAAGGGUGAUUCAUUUAUCAGAGAGCAAACUAGCAAUACAUACAAAAAUGUCAAGAAGAAGAUUGAAAGGGGUGUUGCAUUUCCCACAUGUAUUUCUGUAAACAACACCGUUUGUCAUUUCUCUCCACUUGCCAGUGAUGAGACUGUGUUGGAGGAAGGUGAUAAGGUGAAGAUUGACAUGGGGUGCCACAUUGAUGGCUUCAUUGCUGUUGUUGCUCAUACCCAUGUCCUUCAAGAAGGACCAGUAACAGGGAGGCAGGCUGAUGUUAUUGCUGCUGCAGUUACUGCUGCUGAGGUUGCUCUUCGGCUUGUAAGGCCAGGAAAAAAGAACAAAGAUGUAACAGAAGCACUUCAGAAGGUUGCUGCUGCCUAUGACUGCAAAAUUGUUGAAGGUGUCCUCAGUCACCAGCUGAAACAAUUUGUGAUUGAUGGAAACAAGGUUGUACUCAGUGUUUCAGGCCCUGAGACAAGAAUUGAUGAUGCAGAGUUUGAGGAAAAUGAAGUCUAUGCAAUCGAUAUAGUAACAAGCACUGGCGAAGGCAAGCCUAAGCUAUUAGAUGGGAAGCAGACAACUAUCUACAAAAGAGCUGUUGACAAGAACUAUCACUUGAAGAUGAAGGCAUCUAGGUUCAUAUUCAGUGAGAUAAGCCAGAAAUUCCCUAUCAUGCCAUUUACAGCAAGGGCUUUGCAGGAAAAGCGAGCUAGACUGGGGUUGGUGGAAUGUGUAAAUCAUGACCUCUUGCAACCAUAUCCCAUUCUUCAUGAGAAGCCUGGUGAUUAUGUUGCACAUAUCAAAUUCACCGUUCUACUAAUGCCAAAUGGUUCGGAUCGCAUCACCUCCCAUCCCCUUCAGGAGUUCCAUCCUACUAAAACAAUAGAUGACCCCGAAAUCAAAGCCUGGUUAGCUCUAGGGACUAAAACAAAGAAAAAGGGUGGAGGGAAGAAGAAAAAAGGUAAGAAAGGCGAGAAGGCAGAGGAGUCUGCAGAAGCUGCUGAAGAAGCAGCUAUGGAUGCAACAACGACAAACGGGGCAGAAGCCUCACAAGGAUGAGAAUCUAAAUUUUGUGACCUUUUUAUUGUUUUUGGGUUUUCAAUUUUGGUUACGUGUAUUCUGUUUGGUUAUGAUUUCAAUCUAUCAGAAGGUCGUGGCUAAAUGAUGUUGGAUUCUAAGUGGGCGUUUACCAAAUGCGUCGCCCCAUGUACACAGCAUGUAACCGAAACUCUAUAUGGCAUCAUUCUCAAAAUAGAAAAAAUUUGUUUACUGAAGAA